CUCCAUAACGGAAAGUGACGAACUUACAGCAUUUCAGGCCGCGUUGUGUACGUUGCUGGCUAUCAUUGAUACAGCACGCGCCACAUGAUACACGUAGCUACGCUCGAGACUUAGUAGACAAGGGACCUCGUCGCACACGUACAGCAUUCUAAAGCGUGUUAGUUGGAGCUACUGUGUGUAAUUUUCUGUCUGUGUUCAUGUAUAUCUUUGAAACUGAAUUGUUGUCCAGUUGCCCAGCAAACGGCAACAUCUUGCAUGGGUCAGCCGCAAGUAACAAUGUUCAAGGAGUGAUGAGACUCCCUCUCUUACUUGGACCUUCGGGUCCUGGCACUCCGGGCUACAGUCAGAUGGGUGCCACUGUUAUGCUAUCAAUGCCCAACCGUGAGAUUCGACCAGACCCCAAGAAACUAGCAGAACACCACCAUAUUUUUGUAGGAGACUUGAGUCCAGAAAUUGAGACAACACAGCUUAGAGAAGCUUUCUCACCGUUUGGAGAAAUUUCAGACUGCCGAGUUGUCAGAGAUCCACAAACUCUCAAAUCCAAAGGCUACGGCUUUGUUUCGUUCGUUAAAAAAGCGGAUGCUGAAGUUGCUAUUAGCCAGAUGAAUGGCCAAUGGUUGGGAACCAGAGCUAUACGCACAAACUGGGCUACCCGUAAGGUAUCGGCUAAUCGAAGCCAGGUUGAUGGUAGUUCUCAAUCCAUUACAUUUGAUGAAGUCUACAACCAGUCAAGCCCAACAAACUGUACAGUAUAUUGUGGAGGCAUAAGCCAAGGACUCUCAGAUGAACUCAUCCAUAAGACAUUUAAAGCCUUUGGUCCUAUACAAGAAAUACGAGUUUUUAAAGACAAAGGCUAUGCAUUUAUCAGAUUUGCAACUAAAGAAGCAGCAACACAUGCCAUUGUGGGAAAUCACAAUUCUGAGAUAAAUGGUCAAAUUGUCAAAUGUUCAUGGGGCAAGGAAUCGUCAGAUCCAACCAAUCAGCAACCAGCCCAGAGCCUGGCAGCACCCUACACAUACCCCUACCAACAGGUGGGGUAUUGGUAUCCUCAAGGAUAUCCACCAGUUCAAGGGCAAUUUAUGCAAGGGAUGCAGUAUCCAUAUGGACAGUAUUAUGGUCAAGGAUUUGGAGGACACUGCCAUCUUAUUGAAGACUCUUCUUCUAACAGCAUGGGUGUUCAGAUGGCAUGGCAAGGAAUUCCAGGACAGCCUCAAAUGGCCGCUGCAGCUGCUGUUCAGAGUCCUGUUGGUCAACAACCUGGAGUGUUUGGUGCCUAUCCCAUGCAGCAAUACCAGGUGCAAUAAAUCCUAUGAUACCAACUGCUUCUGCCACUAAGCAGACGUUUUUCGGGAUAUAUUCAAUAACCAGAAUGUUUUCCUCUCCUCUCCUGAUACCUGGCUGGUUUCUCUUGCUAAUCAAUGACCAAAUGACCACCAGUUAGGAUUAUCUGGCAGAGGUGCCUGGUUGAUUGUAUGACUUUCCCUGAUUCUUCUGUGAUUCAUCUAGACCCCUUCACCCAUGGAAUAUUAGUCUUUGGAGAGCUGAUUUGGUAUUGGAUUUAAUUCCAAUUAUUUUAACGUAGCUUUUAGCAGAAAAAUUUACUUCUUUGAUUAAAACUGCUUAAUUUCAGUGCUUUAUAAGGCUACUUUGCCAAUACUAAAUAAGAACAAAAAGCCUUUGGAGUUCUUCAGAAUGUGUUGAUUUUCCAACCUAAAUCCUUCUCCAAGUCAACUCUCCUAAUUCAAGAGAUACCAUGUAAUGUUAAGGAGGGAGAGAAAAUGAAAUGUAGUGCAUAGAAAAAAUUGUAUAUACACACUUAUAUAUAAAUAUAUACAUACAAGAUGUUCAGUGAUAUGUGAAAUUUAGUUACAGAUGCCUUGUCUUAUCUUAUUAACAACGGUUUUAUUCAUAGUCAUGUAGAAGACAAAUGUAUCUUGAUGAUGGUUAGCUUACCGUGCUUAAGCUUUUUGUUUUUAUAUAGAUCUCAUAAAUAUAGGUUGUGCAAGAGCUUGUUACAUUUUAAAUAAAGAAAAAUUAUCUAACGGAUCGUAAAUAAAUAUCUUGAAAAUUUUACGUAUGCAGGCUUGAAAUAAGAAAAAAAUUGCAUUUAUCGAGUUAAAAAAUAUUUAUUUAUUUAUUACCCUUUUGGAUUUAAGGUAAGAGAUCUUCUGGUAAAACUCACACUAAAAUGAAUAUGAAGAAAUAUAUAAUUGUUUAUAUUCGAUUAAUUGCUUUUAUUUAUAAUAUUUUUCUCCUUUAUGUGUGUGAAUUUCAGUCUCAGUGGGUUCGAAUCAAAGACAUAAUUAUUUAGAUUAAUAUCAUAUAUAUAUAUAUAUAUAUUUAUUUCCAUGUGAGUUUUCAAUGGUAAUUAACUCCCAGUAUUCCACAUUUCUGGCUAAAGAAAAUGAAUAUUUUUUGGGGGGGUUAGAUAAAAUAAACUAAGGUGAAUUAAAAUUUAAGAAGCAUUUUCAGACAUUUUUUUGUGUACUCAUUAGAGUAAUAUUCACAAUUCAUGAAAAGAAAUUUUCUAAAUUUAUCCCAACAUUUAUUGGGUAACCCUUUUAGAGGAGCUGGGCAGACCAAUUGCAGUUUGUUUAAAGACUUGGAGGUUUAUAAUGAAAAUAUUCGUUUUUGUUUUGUUACUAGCAAAUAAAAUCUUGUGACAAACUGGGAACCAUAAACUGACUCCUCCAGAAAAGUUAGCUUGCAAAGGUUGGAAAACAAAAUAGGAUUUGAUGCUUUCUAAAAGUGGGGCGUAACGUAAGAAUACGUUAAAAUGGAUAUAUGAUUUCAUGUUAUAUCAAAAAAUAGGGUGAGUAUAAAUCUUACGAAGAAACGUUGAACGUGCACGAGCUUGUUACCUAUACAAGGUGAGUUUUACAGGUGUGUUUGGCAUGUAAACUGUACUUUAUGGUUUUCUUUUAUCUUGGUUUGGUAUGGAGAUUGGUUUUGAGUGCUAUGGAAACACAUGAAGUAUAAUUACCUUGUUUUAAAAACGACAAUUUUGUAUUGCCGGAAAUUAUGUAAGAAAACAGGUGGAAUGCUGAAAUCAACUUAAUGACAGUGAUUCUAGUCUGAGUAGUAAAAUAUAUUUUAUUAGUAGUAUCUCUUUUAUUGAGUGCAUGUGCGUGUGACCAAGUAACAUCUUUCCCAAACGGUUAUCAAGUAAUAUUGAGCGCAAACAAAGUGAAAUAAAUAUCGAAACACAAAAUGAAGUGUGCAAUCUACCAAAUAUUUCUUUUGCCACCAUGUCAUAAUUUACCGCUUGUAUAACAAGAUAAGCUUUAGACAUCACGUGACGUGUAAAAUAUCAAUCAUUUGGGGCAGAACGUGCCUGAACUCCCGUGAAAUAUUCAUAAACUACAAUCAACAAAGAAGGUGACUUUAGUUUAGUCUAGCUGUAGAGAAUUAGCUAUUGCUGAUAUAAAUUACUAAUUGCCGAGAGAUUAGUAUUGUAUAGAAUGUAUUUGAGAAUUGUAAAACAGUAGUUUGUAGGAAUUGUACUCCCCUUUCCUUCUUAUAUGUUUUCUAGUGCCAUAAAAAGUCGUUGAGGAAAUGAGGGAUUUGUCUAUUUAAUGUGCGCGUUUUUGUUUCUUGAAUCGAUGUAUUUAUUAUCCGUGGAAGUGUUUCGAGUUACUUUUGUAAAUACUGUUUGCUUACAUGACAGUUUAAGAAACGAGAAAGAAUUAUCCUUGGUAAUUUUGUAUAUCUAAGCAGAGUAAUCUUUUAGAUAAGGGCGCUUUGCUUUUUAACCAAAAGUUUUGAUAAAAAAAGAGCACAAUUUUCAUAGCUCAGUCAAUUUCAGGCUAUCUGGUGGUUUUGUUAUGUAUCAAUGUGAUUUUUAGUCUGAGUUGUUACGCAAGGAUGGAUAUAUAUAUGUGAAGUAAAAACUUGCCUACUUUAUAUGUAAAGCAUAUGGAAAACUGUUCAGUUUCUUAACAUCAUAACGCCAGACUCAGCUUGAAAAUGUUUACUACAGGUUUGCUAAAUCAAAACUUAAUGUUGGAGACAGAAGAGUCCAUAGCAAUUAAGUGUUCUUCUGCAUUAAACCCUAGUGUAAUAAAUCGUUUAUUUCGACUAAUCCCUGAUAAUUACUAAACAGAUCUGGUUAAAUUGAAAAUAAUAAAAAUGUUUAAAAGGA